UGCGAGCAACGUUCUUCUUUUUACCUUGGAGCGACUCCACAUAUAAAGGCUAUCUACUGCCGGUAUAUGUAGUCGGUGAAUGUACGUGUGCAGAACACACUGAGGUACAAUGAGCAACGAUUUAAAAUGAAUCAUUACGAAGCUCGCAUGGUCAUUAGUUCGACAAAGUGCUUAAAAUCUCUAUUAUAAAUGAUCAAAGAUGUGGCGUUUAAAAAAUAAAUCCGCAUGAAAAAUACAUGGGCUUUCAAAAGCGUUCGUCAAUAGUAAAACUCAAACCAGUUGGAUUAAAAAACCGCAUUCUACGCGAACGCACUUUCCUCAAAGUUUUGGAGGACGGAGAGACACAGACACAGACGGAGCGGGAAAGAGAAGAAAAAAAGACAGAAAUGGAGAUUGGCAGUCAUGGCAACGGGGAAAAGAGAAUCGUCCGAUGUGUGCGUUAAUGCGUGAGAAGAUAAGGAAGUUGCGCGCGCUCGCAACAAGCGAAACAGUGAGAGACGCGCGAGUUUUUCCUAAUAGUGGGUAAUGGCAUCAGUCGCCUUUGAUACCUCCAGUCGCGAGGAACAAUAAUAACAAAUACUUAUAAGCCUCGCUGCUUUUUCUCAUCGUUAUCGAAUGCACGAAGCGAGCGCAGAGAGAAACCAAGAAAAAGAAGGAAGAAAAUCCUACGAAGGCUUGACUGGCAGUCUCGAGUCGGCAUUGAAAACGUAUGGAUCGAUGAAGACACGUUUUGGUGCCAAGCGUCAUGAUAAUAUCAUCAUCUAGUAAUGAUACUCGCGCAGCACUUGCAUCGCCAGCCACAAAGCGAUGAGUCGACAAAAAAUAACGAGCACGUCUGUCUGAGUAACAACAUCGCUUCAUGGCAGUCGAGCAACAACGGCAGCAGCACCAAUACUGAUGACAAAACGAUCAAGGAGUCUGCGCUGGUUCACCGACAACCGGAAAAACAACAACAGAUCGCAGAAGAUACCAACUACGAUGAUGACGACGAAGAUAGCUUUACGUAUCCGUCGAGUGACGACGAGGAGGAUGAGAACAAGCAGCAUUGGGCGGUUAACAGUCUACCCGAGGUGUUACAUCCCAGCGUUAACAAUCAAAUCACUGGUUCGAAUAGAGUCAACAUCAGCAAUACCAAUAAAAAUGUGUAUGAGGGCAAUGUAGUGAUUCACCAGACGUUUUACAAUAAUUUAACUGAUGGUGAGAGAACCAAUGAGGGAAAUAUCAACGCAGUGCCCACCCAAAAGAUUACCAUUGAUAAGGAUACCGAAGCUGCUGUUAGAUCACGACUAUCUAAUGUGUCCUCGCACCCAUUGUAUCCGUUUCCUCAAGAGAAAGUUAAGAGCUGGUGUACAAAGAAACGCCUCUUUAUUACUUUUGGAGCAGUAUUGGUAGUAAUAGUGACAAUCAGCGUCAUUGUUUACUUGACGAUGCCAGGUACGAAAAAGCAAACAUAUGUUCCGAGUCCGCCGAACGAUACCUCAAUUACAAACGUUCCAACGUUUGAUGAUGUGUGCAUAGUACCAAGACGUGAAUGGCUUGCACAAUCAGCAAGCGAAGAUGCAAAACCUUUGGCGGUUUUACCACCAGAACUACUCAUAAUCAUUCCUGUUAAAACUGUUAAGUGCUUCACGCAGUCUCAGUGUUCACAAGUGGUUAGAGAACUGCAAGCGCGUGACAUGGAAAAAAAGACUGACAUUGGUUACAACUGGUUGGUAGGUGGAGAUGGUUUGGUAUAUUAUUGCCGUGGCUGGGAUGUUCAGGGUGAUCAUACAGAAAACUACGACAACAAAAGUAUCGGCAUCGGAUUCAUUGGCAUAUAUGAGUACGAGAGACCGACACCAGCUCAAAUUCAGAAAGGAAAGCAACUUAUCGGUUUAGGUGUCAAAGAACAAUACAUUAGCAAAAAUUAUAUUUUAGUUGGACAAAAUAAGUGCACUAAUUCGUCAGAUAAUUCUGCUGAAAUUUUGUACAAUAUUAUAAUGAGCUGGGAUCAUUGGUCGCCAACAUGUGCUUGAAUUUGAAAACAAUUGUUAAGGAGAUUUUCAAAUAGUACCUGGUUAAAUGCAUGAUUUAAAAACAGAUAUUUAAAAGGGAUUGUUUAUUGACUUUUACCGUGAUAAAAAUAUUACCAUUAAUUAUUAAAACAUUAUUAGAAAAUGAUUAGAAUUUAUGAAUUUUAUUUGAAUUUGAUGAGUGAUUUGAUAUAUAUGUAUAGAAGAAUUUUAUGUAAAAAGCACUGUAAUCAUAAUAUUUAGUUUUUGAGUUUUUUCGUCCUUUAUACAUCUAGCUAUAAAAUAUAAUGUAACAAUUUCGUUUUUUAUUAAUUAAAUUUCGAAGUAUUAAAUAAAUAACCGUAAACUUAUAUGUUCGUAGAUUUAUAUUGCCGUCAAAUAGUCAAUACUAGAAUAACGUACAUAUUAAUUAGCCUGAAUUAAUUAGAAACUCAAUGUACGCAUCAUAAAGGGAAGUUCAAAAAUGUAUUCAACAAAAACUGAAAUCAACAGUGUCAGUGAAAGUGUUAGUAAAGACUUGAAUAUUUAUUUAUUUGAAAAAUAACCGGCGAUAAAAUUAAAAAAAACACGUUAUCUACUUAAAAAUUUAUGGAAAUUAUUAAAUUUUUAAUAGAAAUACAAAAUCAAUGCAUUAGUUAUCUUUCGUUAAGUUGAGUAAAAUAAUAAAACCAUAGUUAUGUAGUAUACAUUUGCCUAGCAAAUUACGUUUAUGAAACUUAUAUCUAUAGAAGUUUUUAGUAGAAUGUAAUUUAGCAAGUAUAUGUUGCGAUGAUUAUGUGGUAUCAAAAAACAUGUAUAUCAACAACCUAUAAUCGGAUAAAAGCUUUAGAAAUAAAAAAAUAUUAUAAUAUACUUGAUAUGAAAAGAUUCUUUAUAUUCAUUGUGUAAUAUGAAUUUUUAUCGUAUAAGUUGCGAAUUUCAUGUGAGAUAUUAUAAAAUAAUUGUAUUUUAUAUUUGAUGAUAAUUUGUUGUCCUAUUAGUGUUUCAAUAAUAAGCAAUGUACAUCAUAUUUUCAUUUCGUAUUUAUGUAAGCGUGCCACUUCGCAUUGUAUAAUAACAUUUGCAAAAUUUUAUUGCCAUGAUCAUGGAUCCACAGUGCAAUGAAAUUUACAAUACUCAUUUUUUUCAAAAGUAAAUUUGAAAUGACUUCAAACAAAUGAUUUACGAAAUGUAACUGUUUUCAAAGUCAGAAAAUUUACAAUUCUUAUAAAUCAACUUACUAGUACUUUUUCUACUAAAAUUCAAUCAGAUUUUCUCGUGUUCGCGUCGGUUUGUGUUUAUUAAAAUUUUUAUAACCAAACAACAAGCAAGCUGAUUAAAUAA